CAAAAGGUAGGAAGUCACUGUUUAUCAUUGAUACCUGUUUUUGGCAGCGUUUGGCACUCCUUCUUCCUUUUUUGGCCGGACAAGGUUAGUGGGCGACGAGGACAGUUGUGAAACUCAUGGCGUCGCUACGAGACGGAAAGAUGAAGAUUAUCGCACUCAUCGCCAUCAUCGUUUUGACCACGACCGGAAUAUCAGGUGUAGCCAUCCCUCGUCAGGAAUUAGCAUCCGAACGCACCAGGCCCACCUACGACCGUUGUCAGUAUCGGCCAUUCUCCAAUCUCUUGUCGUGUCAACUACAGACCCACAGGCCCUUUGAGUACAACGCCGUGUAUCCCACCAGUUUCGGCUGUUCCUUCACGGACAGACCGAUAAGAUCCGGACAGAUCUUGGUGCCCUCGGACGCCCUGGAGGCAGACGCCGAACGUUUUGCAGACCGUAACGUCAUGACAGCGGUGGAAACAGCCCAACCAGACUACAGAACUGAAACAACAGAGAUCCGUGAGACACAUCAUCUACAUGCAUUGGGGGAGCAUUUCGCCAUGGCGGAUGGACUCACCGCAACACACAGGGACGAGAGGGAUGAAACGGGCGGGCCUGGACCGGACGACAGCCAGACGGACGACAGCCUAACGGACGACAGCCAGACGGACGAAAGCGACCGUGUCGUAAGGUCUCGUAACGACCCAUCCAUCCCAACCUGCUCACUGUGGCGCCGAAUAGACAGCCCUAUCUACGCCUACAGAGACGAGGAAGGAACAGACCAGGUCGAGCUGUACUUCUACGAGGGGAACUACCAGUGGUUUCACCUGUCCAGCUGCCAUGGCAGCAACCCCGGGCCUGUCGUCAACUGUGCGGGGGACUGCCUGCAGAUCAGGCUCCAGCACCGGGCAGUGGUGGUGCGGCAGGACCUCACGGCGGAGUGGGACUGGGUCUGGUUGGACGGGGGGUGUACCUUGCACAUCUAGGGAUAACACAUAGCCUCAUAACAACCGACCGUACACUUCCAGGGAUCUUCUCCGUACUAGGUGUGUUGCCCGAUCGCCCAGGCCAGUUUUUACGCGGUGGGAAAAAUGACUGACUGGGUGAAAUACACCCUUGCCGAUACCAGGCCAGAAAUAUGAAUAUGACGGUUCAGUGUUAUAUAAUAGUUGCUGUACAAAGGGUUGCAAUUAUACAUUAUACGGACACGAUGUAAUCCCUUAUUACAACAGCUUAUAAUACUGACCCUAGACAUUCUAUAAAUUAAAAAUACCAAUAGCAUGAACUAUGUAUUCAGACAUUGUUAAAUGGAAUACUUCAAUAACUUUUCGAAACAAGCAAAUGUGUAAAAAUGAUGUUGUUUUCAAGACACUAACUGUAAUUGACAUCUUCAUCACUGUUGUUAUGUAAUAUUUCUUGCCAAUUUCUGAAGAGGCCAGUCUGUUACGGUUGAGAGAGACAGUGUUUGAAGACAACAAUAAAAGGAUAAAGACAGGAAUAAACAGGUGUCCUGAAUAAACAAGUUGCUUAAAGUACGGAGCUUACAACAUGCCUAUACAGACAUUCAAGUCCAAAGAAAAAGAACUACUAUUUUUAAAAUGUAUGAUGCUAAUGAAGAAUUAUUUCCUUCUCGGGUUGUACUACCAACUUUAUUUAGUUCUUAUACAUAUCCAGGUACAUCUGACAUAGAAACAGCAGCAUAUAAGCAGGUCCUGUAAGAUGUUACAGCCUUGCAAGUGACACCACCAUGGCAUGCUUGAAGCAAAAUGUUCCAUCAUUUUAAUUCAGAGAUGGCCAAUAAGUAAUAAGGAGAUUAAAAGAAAGCAAAGUCUUCAUUGACUACAUACCAGAGUCCUGUUAUGUGUACUAGUGCUUAUUUUAGCAGAUGCAGAUCUGUACUGAAACAUAUGUACCUGUACCGGAUGUUACAUUAUGCAGUUCUUGUGAACACCCUUAUGACAAUAACUAUGGGUAAACACAAAGGGUAUUAAGGCAUGACUACCUUGCAUACAAAAAAAAUCACAAAAGAGCCUACAAAAAACACAAACUCUAACAAGAACAUAGGAUCACAUAUU